AUGGCUGUCCGGGUAUCCGACUCGCCAUUUAUGGGUGAAACCGAACUGUCCAAUGUGUUUGCGGAUGGAAUAGAGCGCGGAUGCAUUCAUAUCGUCGUACAACAUCCUGCCAUUGCACGACAAAUUCCAGCUGUUGAUCGGCGAAUCGCUUAUCUCAAGAAGGGCGCGGGUAGUCCGUCGGCCGGAGCAAAACCAUCCGCAUUCUCUAUGAAGCAGGACCAGCAAGAGUACCUUUGCAAUCGUCCUCGCAGAGCCGCGGACCCUGUUCCCAUUACUCUUCUCGAGCCUAUCUUUGCCGAGUUCGUGGAUGAUUGUCAAAAUCAUCAACCAACCGUCCGUGAUAAUGACGUUGUUUUGCAACUGUCGGAAAAGAUGGCCUCCUUCUAUCCCAAUGAACUCGCGCGGAUGAAUACAUUCCGGCAAGUACUCCGGGACUACGGUAUUAUACUGAAUGCUUCUAUGGUUGGCUCGACCGGAUGUACAAUGGACGGACAUCUUUUGUCUACCAACAGACAGUUUGUGCUGAUGAUUAUUGAGGGGAAGAACGAGAUCGGAAGCGGCGCUGCCGAACCAUUUAUGGAGGCGAUGCUGUACUACCGCAAGUUUAUGGAAGACUCGAAGAUUGAGAUGGCGAGGCUCCGGUCUUUCAUUCCAUGCAUCCAUAUCAUCGUCUUCAGGGCAUGCAUCGGCUUUUCAGGCUCUGUUUUCACUGAAAAAGUCCAGUCCGAUGUCCUGGUCCCUAUCAUUCCUUUGUUUUGGCAUUCAACAGACCUCCACAUGCAAGUGAUGGCAGCUCAUACUUUCGGGGCUCUCAAAAUUGCCGUCGAGAAACUUACCAAACUAUACUCCCGUCCAAUCCCGUCCCUCGCACCCGAAGAUCCAUAUCUUAAAUGUCCUUACCCUCGGAGUUAUACCACUUCCACCGGUUUCAUUCAGCAAUUCUCAUAUGAUGAGAUUCAAAUCCUCAGGGAUCGACUUAUCUUCUUCGGGGAAACUGUCGGCGGUGUGGCUGGGAGCAAGAUAUGCAUGAAUGAGAUAAGUGUGUCGGACCGUCAGCCGCUGAAGGAGACCAUCACCACUCUCAUCCGGGAGUUACACAAUCACAAUGACGGCUACGUUCAUGGCGACCUCCGAGAUACCAAUUUCGUUGUGCGGGACGACAAACACUUCAUGCUGCUCGAUUUCGAUUGGGCCAGACCGAUCCAGAAGACGCAUUAUCCUAUGUAUGUCAAUUGGGAGGAUAUUCAACGGCCUGACGGUGCGUGGGAUGGGCAGAAGAUUGUGGCGGAGCAUGAUUUGGAUAUGCUGAAUUAUCUAUUUCAUCCUGAGCAAGAUGUUCGGGAGCCAGCUGCAAAGCGCCGCCGUAUAUUUGGUGAAGGGUCGCUAACGGUCAUUUGA